AUGUCCACAAUCGGCGAAUACAUUCGCGAUACAGUCGAGGAGAGACCAGUUGGGCCAACUAUCCUAGCCCCAUCCUCUGGACAUGUCGACGCAAGCACACGAAGCGAGGACGACAGCAUGUCAUUGUGUUCCAAUAAUAGUAACGACGUUGAGAAUGCAAUGGAUAUAUCAUACAACGUUCCUUUUCCUGGCCCUACCUCUCUCGACAUGGACGUCGACAUGGACGUCGAUGCAAUGUCAAUUGUCACUGACCUGGAAGACAAUAGCAACUCGAUGGUCAUUGAAGGCGAGGUUUCAUUGCCACCUCAAAUUGGUGGUCGUGGUAUCAACGGGGACGAAGUCGCUCCAGAUAUCAUUUCCCCUUUGACGCCUAUUUUGAGUCUGAUCCCUUCAACCCCUUCGGACGACGCAUCAGGCAUUGACGAGGAAGAAAGGCGCAUUCGUGCCGUAGAAGACACAGUCGAUAGGAUUGGGAGCACUCUCGAAAGGGUGACGAACAGAAUCACCGCUUUGGAGGAGCAGCUUGCGCGUGACUCGCCAAAUGUGCAGGACUAG